GAAAAGCAGCGACCUGAUAAAAGCAACGGACUGAGAAGCUGUUGCAUAGUUCUUCCCUUGGGUCAAGGUGGUUUGGAGGCUCCUUCGUGCUGAGUUUUGUGACUUCUCUACUUCUCCUUUGGUUGUUUGCUAAUGGCGGAUGAUGAACCUGUUGAUCAGAAGAAGUACCUUGAAGAGUCUUGCAAACCAAAAUGUGUGAAACCAUUUCUCCAGUAUCAGGCGUGUAUUCAGAGGAUCCAAGGUGAUGAAAGCGGCCACAAGCAUUGUACUGGACAAUAUUUUGAUCACUGGUCUUGUGUGGACAAAUGUGUUGCACCGAAGCUCUUUGAAAAACUGAAGUGACGCAAAGAUCAUUAGUUGUAAACUGAAAAUUCAUUCUUUUCCCUUUCAAUUUUGAAUCGGCUAUAUGUUUCAGAAUGUUUUCUUUUAUUACCGUUAGUAGUCUGAUGUAUGCUGCAUUUUUGCAAAACAUGGAGACGUAAGUUGCAAUCAAUUAUAAAAAAUAAAAAUAAAAACACUGCUGGAGUUGACUGAUAGA